AUGCGCACAUCCCUUCCCCUUCUUGGAGCCGCUCUCUCUGUCCUCCUCACCCCAAUCCAAUCCCUCUACUUCUACAUCGAUGGCACAGCACCCAAAUGUUUCUUUGAGGAAUUACCGAAGGAUACACUGGUUGUAGGCCAUUACACUGCAGAAGAAUAUGACGAAGGAAGAAGGGAAUGGAGUAAACAUGAUGGAUUAAACAUAUUCAUUUCCGUAGAUGAAAUCUUCGACAAUGACCAUCGAGUAGUAUUUCAAACUGGUUCAGCUUCUGGGCGCUUCACCUUCACAGCUGCUGAUGCUGGCGAUCACAAAAUCUGCUUUACUCCCUCUUCGACUUCUGGUUCUAGCAAUUGGCUUAAUGCACUUCACCCACAAGGUGGCAUUAAACUUACUUUGGAUAUGGCAAUUGGAGAGACGAGUCAGAUUGAAAGUGAUGACAAGGGAAAGAUUAAUGAUAUUGUACAAAAGGUCAAGGAUUUGAAUAGUAGAUUGCAGGAUAUUAGAAGGGAACAGGUUUUCCAACGGGAACGUGAAGCCGAAUUCCGCGACCAAUCCGAAUCAACCAACGCCCGUGUCGUCCGCUGGACGCUCAUCCAACUUGUCGUUUUAGGAGUUACAUGUGCAUGGCAACUCUCACAUCUCCGCUCAUUUUUCAUUAAGCAGAAAUUGACUUAA